AUGGACGACGUUGCGCAUACGCGGAGUAACGACGGCAUGUUGAAGAAUGCGGCACCCCAAGUCGAGGAAAAUGACACGAACCCAGGGACAUGCAGUUCGAGAGUAGUAGAUGCAAGAGAUGGACCAGUGGAGGCAUCCGAGGAGGGGGACCAGCGGCCGGGGAGCAGGAAGAGACAAAGUUACAGCCGUGCACAUUUCAAAGUGUACAAAAGACGCUGGCUAGGACUAGGACAGUUGGUCUUACUAAAUAUUGUUGUUAGCUGGGAUUGGCUGACAUUCGCCCCCGUUUCUUCAACAUCCGCCACCUACUUCAACGUUUCAGAAACAGCAAUCAACUGGCUCAGCACGGCCUUCCUCUUCUCCUUUGUCGUCGCCUGCCCGUUUGUCAUCUAUCUCCUGCACCGCGGCCCCAAAGACGCCAUCAUCGCCAGCUCUGUCCUGCUGUUACUAGGCAACUGGGUCAGAUAUGCAGGCACCCAAGCCAAUGGCGGUAUCUACGGGCUUGUCAUGUUCGGUCAAAUUCUGAUAGGACUGGCGCAACCUUUUGUUCUGGCCGCCCCGACGAGGUAUAGCGAUAUGUGGUUUACGGAAAGCGGACGGGUAGGAGCGACGGCGCUUGCGAGUCUGGCAAAUCCCUUUGGGGGUGCUCUCGCACAACUCAUAAAUCCCUUCCUAGGGUCCAUCCCUCAGAUGGUCCUCAUUAUAUCCAUCAUUGCAACAGCAGCGUGUAUUCCCUCCCUCUUCAUCCCCGCCGCUCCACCCUCACCUCCAACGGCAUCCUCUUCGCUCUCAAGGACACCAACAGUAGAGAGCCUGAAACACAUGAUGCGCUCACCGCCCUUCUAUAUCCUCUUCCUGACUUUUAGCACUUACGUCGGAUUCUUCAAUGCGUUCUCCACGUUGUUGAACCAGAUUCUAUAUCCGUAUGGUUUUAGCGAGGACGAGGCGGGCAUCUGCGGCGCGGUUUUGAUUGUCGUCGGCCUCGUUACGGCGGCCAUUACGAGUCCGUUGUUGGAUCGCACGCAUGCCUACCUGCAGGGUAUAAAGAUUCUCUGCCCUCUGAUAGCAGCAUCCUAUCUGGCGAUGAUUUGGGCACCACAAACACGAACGAUUGCGGCACCCUACGUCUUGAGCGCGUUUCUUGGGGCGAGUAGCUUUGGUUUGCUGCCAGUUGCGUUGGAAUAUCUUGUUGAAAUCACAUUCCCAGCUUCUGCCGAAGUCAGUUCAACAAUCUGCUGGUCAGGUGGGCAGGUAUUUGGUGGAGUUUUUAUUGUGGUUAUGAAUGCGCUGAAGGACCAACGACCUGUUGAUCUCGAGCGCGUGAGGGAAACUGGGCGAGCAAGCGGCGGUGGACUUCGACCACCGGGAAACAUGUAUCGUGCACUGGUGUUUCAAGCGGUUGUUGCAUUGGUAGUCCUCCCACUUCCAUUGAUGCUGGGUAUCAAGCAGUUGGGGCUAUCUCAUGGAGAAGGCAGACUAAAGGUGGACGAGCAUAGAGAUGGGGAGAGUGUCGUGGAUGGGAGCGUGAAUGGGCACGAGCAGUGA